CCGAUGCAGCUCUACUGGACCUGGCUGCUGCAGUGGGUCCCGCUCUGGGUGGCCCCCAACACCAUCACCAUCCUCGGCCUCGCCAUCAACCUGCUCACCACGCUCGUGCUCAUCUCCUACUGCCCCACGGCCACCGAGGAGGCACCUUACUGGACAUACCUUUUAUGUGCAUUGGGACUCUUUAUCUACCAGUCACUGGAUGCUAUUGAUGGGAAACAAGCCAGAAGAACAAAUUCUUGUUCUCCUUUAGGGGAACUUUUUGAUCAUGGUUGUGACUCUCUUUCCACAGUAUUUAUGGCAGUUGGAGCUUCAAUUGCUGUUCGCUUAGGAACUCAUCCUGACUGGUUGUUUUUCUGCUGUUUUAUUGGGAUGUUCAUGUUUUAUUGUGCUCAUUGGCAGACUUAUGUUUCAGGCGUGUUGAGAUUUGGAAAAGUGGAUGUAACUGAAGUUCAGAUAGCUUUGGUGAUUGUCUUUGCAUUGUCUGCAUUUGGAGGUUCAACAGUGUGGGACUAUAUGAUACCCAUCUUAGAAAUAAAAUUGAAGAUCUUUCCAGUUCUUGGAAUAGUAGGUGGAGCAAUAUUUUCCUGUUCAAAUUAUUUCCAUGUUAUCCUCCAUGGUGGCGUUGGCAAGAAUGGAUCCACUAUAGCAGGCACCAGUGUCUUGUCACCUGGACUCCACAUAGGACUAAUUAUUAUACUGGCAGUAAUGAUUUAUAAAAAGUCAGCAACUAAUAUGUUUGAAAAGCACCCUUGCCUUUAUACCCUGAUGUUUGGGUGUGUCUUUGCUAAAGUCACACAAAAAUUAGUGAUAGCUCACAUGACCAAAAGUGAACUGUAUCUUCAAGACACUGUCUUUUUUGGGCCAGGUCUUUUGUUUUUAGACCAGUAUUUUAAUAAUUUUGUAGAUGAAUAUAUUGUUCUAUGGAUAGCAAUGGUCAUUUCUUCAUUUGAUAUGAUGAUAUACUUUAGUGCUUUGUGCCUGCAAAUUUCAAGACACUUUCAUCUAAAUAUCUUCAAGAUUUCAUGUCAUCAAGCACCUGAACAGGUUCACAAGUAUAUUGACUGACUAAAUAGCCCAAGGAAAAGAGGAGAAGCAGUUAGGGGAACCUAUGAGUGAAGGAAAUCCCCUUAUGCAGGAGGUUCAAGUUCUUUCUUCAAAGAGUCAUCAGAAUAACAUGGAUUGAAGAGACUUUCGAACACUCGCCAUCUCUUGCUGCUGCUGUUUCAUGAAACGAGAUAUUAAACAUUUGUUUAAUUUUUAAAGUGUUAUAAAUAUUUCAGCAAAUAAAAUACUUCAGUGCUUAUAUUAA